CACUGCCGGCCAUGGCGAGUCGCGUGUGUCUGAAAUGUCGGUGCACUCAAAUUUUACCAAGUUUUAAACGAAACUUGGCAACUGGAUAUUUACAAUCAGGACAGUUUUGUACAUUUCUUCUUGGUUUCAACAGACGUCAUAUUCAAUGGUCAACAAGAAAUAAUGCAGUAGUGAAUCAGGGUUUACCAGUUUUUUCUAAAAAUGUUGGUGCAAUGAAGAAGGAUCAACACAGACAGAGCUUUAGCCAUCAAACACGAUCUUACUCUUCAUCUCAACAUAUACCUCAUAUACCAGAACAACUGCCUUCAGAUGUAGAUCCAUUAAAAUUAGUAGAAAAAGAAGUGUCACUGCUGACAGAUGAUAUACGAAAGGAGCUUUACAAUAGUGCUGGAUCAGGGGAUAUCUUGGAGCCAGCUCAGUACCACUUUGAUGGCAAAGGGAAAUCUCUCAGGCCAAUGGUAGUUCUCUUAGCUGCAAAAGCUUGUAAUAUUCACGAAGGGAUCAAUAGUAUAUUACCUAGCCAACAAAAGAUUGGCAUGGUAGCUGAAAUGAUCCACACUGCGUCUCUGGUUCAUGACGAUGUUAUAGAUGCUUCUGACACAAGGAGAGGCAAACCUAGUGUUUUUAAACUUUGGGGCCAAAGAAAAGCAAUUCUAACAGGAGAUUUUAUCCUGUCUGUUUCUUCCCAAGUUUUAGCAAGGAUAGGAAAUAAAGAAGUUGUUGGUGUGAUGUCACUUAUUCUUGAUGAUUUAGUACGAGGGGAAUUUAUGCAACUUGGAUCGAAGGAGGAUGAGGAGAAAAGAUUCAACCACUACCUCAAAAAAACAUACAAGAAAACUGCUAGUUUGAUAGCAAAUAGUUGUAAAUCAGUGGCAAUACUUAGCAACUGCUCUGAUGAAAUAGUUGAAGUUUUAUAUAACUAUGGUAAACACGCAGGGAUAGCCUUCCAGCUGAUAGAUGACCUUUUAGACUUCAUAUCAAAUGAAGAACUGUUAGGAAAACCUGCUGCUGCUGACUUAAAAUUAGGACUGGCCACAGCCCCCGUGUUAUUUGCAUCACAGCAGUAUCCAGAGCUCCAUGCUAUGAUCAUGAGGCGGUUCAAUGAACCUGGAGAUGUGGAGAAAGCCUGGCAGCUGGUGAAUAAGAGUGACGGCCUUGAGCACACACGAAGUAUGGCCAGACAACACUGCAAGGAGGCAGUCUUUCAGAUCAACAAGUUAAAAGACUCUGUAGAAAGAAGGGGACUUGUAGCCGUAACUGAAAAGAUUUUGAGCAGACAGAAAUAGUGUCAGAGUUUAUAUAGUGAUAAAAAUAUUUUCGCUGACAGCUAUAAAACAAGGGAGAAACACAAUGGGACUGAUCAAGAUGUAGAAGUAGAAAGACUUUAAGUGUUGAGGUUAUAAUGAAACUGGCCAUGGCAAAGUGGGUGGGGCUGUGUCAUGUUUUCCUUAACAUGGUCAAAUAAGCAAGACUCGUGAUGACACUUUACUCAUAUAUAGUGGUACUGUCAACAGGGGAAAAUGCCAUGCAAGUACUGAAAUAGUUUUCAGAGCAUUAUUAAAAACGAUACAUGCAAAACAUUAGGAAUUUGAUGUUCAACAAAAACAUUUCAAGAAUAACGUACCCCAGCCCCCUCCCCCCCCCCCUUCAGCUGUUGUGUGUACCCUACCUGACAUGCCCUAAGCUCCCCUGUCAAAUGGGUAAAGUUAUCGUUUGGUGCCACCCCCCAGCAAUGUUCACAUUCACGCGAGGGCUGGUACAAUCAGUAAAUUAAAAGAAACACGUGGACAGGAGUGCUAGGGGGGCUGACCCUUUGGACAGGUAUAGUUACCUAAGGGAAAGUUGGUGGUCACCACGGUCUUAUUAAGCAAAUAUGUUGAGGGCAAUAUGAUGUGUUCACAUCACAAUAAGCUGUGCCGCCAUGACUUUUUUCCAAGUUUGAUAAGUUUGGAGAAAUUAACUUAAUAUCCUGGCUAUAACAAAAUCAUCCAUUCCAAGUGGGGGCCGCACUAAACAGGAUAACAGAAAUAUGCAGGUGGAAUAGCGUUGAUAAGAAGAUGAUAUGUUAAGAAAUAUUGGCAUGGAAUGUGGAGUUACCAGACCCAUAAGUUAUUGUUUUGUGGCUUUUAGGGAUCAUAACACUCACAAUAUUUCACACUUGCAAAAAUGGAAUUGCAUGCUCAUUUCUAGGCGUACAUGUAUUUUCGGCCAGACCUUACGAACUAGAAGUGAAACUUUGGAGUAUUUGUGAAAAGUUUUAAAGUUCUCUGUAGCGGAACCACUGCAUAGAACCCCUCAAAAUGUACCAGUACAGCUAUAUUGCUUGAGUAUAACACUCAUGUGCUAUAAGGCUUCUAGAUUAGUGUCCCCGCCCACCCCCUCCCCCCCCCCUCUCUUGGUAGAUUGAUAUUGUGUUAUGAUACUGGUGGAUGUGUUGAGACUCGUAGAUUUAUAAUGGCCAGAAAGCUGGAUGUGCUGCACAGUUUGGAUGGCUGUCUGUCUUCCACUGUGUUUGUGUUUUGUUAAUUUUGGGCUCAAUUACUGUGUACACAGUUAUGUGUGGGAUGAACGGUUGACGUUCCUCUUAUUUAUUUAUAUUUCAU